AUGCAAAACGUCGUACCAAGAUUGAGGGUCUCGAGGCCCUUAGUUGAACAUCACCACAACGGCGCUGGUCAAUCACAUAUCUUUACUGGAAAUGACGAACCCCGACUAUCAUGGGCUUUUGAGACGUACGGUCCGAUUCAAGGCUGGCAUCAAACCAGUUACGAAAUCAAGAUUUCCGGGUGGGGUCAACCACACGACAACCACAGGGUUGAGAGCUCUGAUUCGGUACUGGUUCCCUGGCCUGGCAAGCCAUUGUCAUCAGUUGCCAGCUGCAAAGUCAAAGUACGCGUUACGGGAACAGACGCAUCAGGAAAUGCAGUAAAUUCGAUAUGGUCUCCUGAAACCAGUGUUGAGUUUCUGCCAAAGCGGAACGAGCUUGUAGCAAAUUUCAUUGGCUCUUCGCUUGCUCAGACUGACGGACCACUUCGACCUCUUCGAUUUCGCAAAACAUUCUGGCUAGAUGAAUUUGAGGGGUUGGCAGACAGUGCGAGGUUACACAUCACUGCUUACGGUGUGUACGAAGUAUUCAUCAAUGGUAAGCGUGUAGGAGACGAAGUGAUGGCACCUGGAUGGACUAGCUAUAGCCAUCGUCACACAUACCAGAGCCAUGAUGUCAGGAACCUUCUUAAACCUGGUGGCAAUGUGAUUGGGGUAGAAGUGGCUGAAGGAUGGUAUGCAGGCCGGCUAGGCUGGGCGCAGCAGCGACAUAUCUACGGAAACCAGCUUGGAGUAUUCGCUCAACUCGAUGUCAUCACCACUGAGAGCAAUGGCGCUGUCAAAAUCAUAUCCGACGAGACUUGGAAGUAUGGCUAUGGCCCUCUUAUCAGCAGUGAGCUAUACGACGGUGAGCACUAUGAUCAAAGGGAAGACCAACACGGCUGGAAUCAAGACUUUGAAUCUGCCGAAUCUUGCUGGAGUCCAACGACAAUUCUGCCAUUCACAAAAGCGGAGUUAGUUCCGUCUGAAGCUCCUCCCGUCAGAGUCGUCGAGCAGGUCAGACCUAUAAAGCUACUCGUCAGUAAAUCCGGCCAAACGAUCAUCGAUUUCGGGCAGAACAUGGUCGGCAAACUCUUUGUCAGGUGCCUGCAGAGACCCGCAGGCCACAAGAUUGUCUUUCGACAUGCCGAGGUUAUGGAAGACGGCGAGCUCGGAGUGCGUCCUCUGCGAAGCGCUGCGGCUACGGAUAGCAUAAUAUUCAACGGGAAUAUGCUUAAGGACUGGUCGCCACGGCAUACUUUCCACGGAUUUCGUUAUGUCGAAGUAAAGGGCUGGUCUCCCUCGGAUGCCGAAGGUCCUUUGACUCUGGACAGCAUUGAAGCGUGUGUCAUGCACACGGACAUGAAACGUACUGGAUGGUUCUCUUGCUCAGACGAAAUGAUCAACAAGCUACACGAGAACACUGUGUGGAGUAUGCGUGGAAAUUUCUUGUCAAUCCCAACAGAUUGCCCACAGCGCGACGAACGUCUGGGAUGGACUGGCGACAUACAAGUUUUUGGCCCGUCAGCGAAUUUCCUAUACGAUACUUGUGGUAUGCUUAGCUCCUGGCUGCAAGACGCGGCCUCUGAGCAAGCAACACACGACGGUAUACCGCCGUUCGUCGUGCCCAACAUCCUUGCUUCAGAUGAGGGAGAUGGCUCAUGGGGCAAUUUCCCUCAAGCAGUCUGGGAUGAUGUGGUUGUCCUACUACCAUGGUCUCUAUAUUGUGCAUUUGGCGACGUGCAGAUAUUGAAGCGCCAGUACCCAAGUAUGCAGAUGUGGCUUGACAAAGGCAUAAGACGAGGCGAGGAUGGUCUCUGGGAUCCUUCGUUCCAUCAGCUCGGUGACUGGUUAGAUCCGAGUGCGCCGCCUGACAGACCCGGGGAAUCAAGAACUGAUGGCACUUUCGUUGCGGAUGCGUACCUCUUGCAUGUCACUGAUAUCAUGAGUCAGAUCAGCAAAGUCCUCGGCAAUAUGGGCGAAGCUGCUAAAUACGCGCUUGACUACAAGAUUGCCAAGAAAGCUUUCAGUAGGAAGUACAUCACCAUCGAUGGUCUCCUUGUCGCAGACACACAGACAGGAUUGGCAUUGGCGAUCGUAUUCAACCUCUUCAAGACCCCUGAUCAAGCGAAGGUGGCAGCGGCUCGCUUAGAGAGAGCCGUGAAACUGGCAGACUUCAAAGUCGCGACUGGCUUUGCAGGAACACCGAUUAUUACACACGCAUUGACCUCCGUCGGCCUGCAAAACCUGGCUUACCGCAUGCUAUUUGAGCAGGAGUGCCCCUCAUGGCUAUAUCCUAUCACACAAGGAGCCACUACUAUAUGGGAGCGCUGGAACAGUAUGUUACCGGAUGGAAGCAUAAACCCAGGCGAGAUGACCAGCUUCAAUCACUACGCUCUCGGCUCAAUCGUCAACUGGCUGCACGAGGUCGUUGGUGGUAUUAGCCCACUAGAACCAGGCUGGAAGAAGUCGCUAAUACGCCCUGUACCUGGUGGCUCACUUACUAGUGCGAAAGUUGAGCAUGAUACUCCUUAUGGUACCCUAAGCUGCUCAUGGUCUGUUGAAGCCGGCAAAUUCAAAUUGACCCUUACGAUACCUCCAAAUACUAGCGCAAGCGUAGUCAUGCCUAACAAACAAGCCAGCAAGAUCUUAGGGCACGCAGAAGAGGGUCUCGAGGUUGGGUCUGGUACGUACAGUUUCGAGUGCGAUCAUAUACCCGAGAGGCUCAGGCCAAAGGCCAUUCCUAUCCCGUUCUAUACAAAGAUCAAGGAGGAGACUUGGUUUGACUAG